UACACCCAUGCACACCCACCCUCCACCACCCCUCCUCGUUCGUCUUCCUCGGGGCGGGCAGGGCUGCAGCAGUUUUAUGAACGGCACGGGUGCAUCAUGAUCCCUUCGCCACUGAGCCAGCCCGGAGCCGUUUCAUUGACAAACAUUCCGGUUGCUGCAUUUCUGUCACGGACAGCGUCGAGGAGCGGAGCAUCGCCGGGGGAGCGGCGCAGAGCGGCAGAAGCAGAAGAAGAGGGGGAAGCAGCAGCUGCAGUGAUCAUCAACAACAACCGCCGGUGUCGUUCGCACCAGCUCAUAAGCUGUUGAUUCGCCACUUGGACCCUUGGACUUGGCUUCCUCACGCACGCCCUCUUCUUCCCCCGCGCUCUCUCGGGACAGCCAGGAGAAUCACCCUCAGGGGGGGGGGACCAGACAGCUUUUGCCACUCAGACCCCUCGGGGGGGGAGGGAUGUGAGGCGGCGUCGUUAACGCGCACUCACUGGCACAUCAGUGGAUUUGUUUUAACGACUUCCAUGAAGCGCCCGGACGCGCCGAUGGAGGAUUCUGGACGCUUUUUAAAAUCACGGAUAUCUGCGAGACUGCAGCGGCCGGUGUGCGAUGCGAACUGAGCCGUGGGUGGUGUAGACCCCCUCCCCGAGCCCCACACACCCCCCCAUCGCCUUAUCCGCGAACUCUCCCCUCCAACCGGGACGCACAGCCUUGUUUCACUCCACCGGGGGAACAUGUCCCGGGCAGCGGCUAUCGCCAGCUCCCUGAUCCGCCAGAAGCGGCAGGCGAGGGAGCGGGAGAAGGCGAACGCUUGCCGCGGCAGCGGCAGCCCGAGCAACAGCAAAGGCGCAAACGAGAAGCCGAGCAAGCUUAAUGUGUUCUCGCGUGUCAAAUUGUUUGGAUCGAGGAAGAAACGGAAGAGAAGGCGACCUCCAGAGCCCCAGUUAAAGGGCAUUGUGACCAGGCUUUCCAGUCGCCAGGGCUUCCAGCUGCAGAUGCAGCCUGAUGGCACCAUUGAUGGAACCAAGGAUGAAGACAGCACCUACGCUGUGUUCAACCUGAUCCCAGUGGGACUCCGUGUGGUGGCCAUCCAGGGCGUCCAGACCAAACUCUACUUGGCAAUGAACAACGAAGGCUUUCUCUACACCUCUGAACAUUUUACCCCGGAGUGUAAGUUCAAGGAGUCGGUGUUCGAGAACUACUACGUCACGUACUCCUCCAUGCUGUACCGGCAGCAGGCCUCAGGCAGGGCCUGGUACCUGGGACUCAACAAGGAAGGCGGAAUCAUGAAGGGCAACCACGUAAAGAAGAACAAGGCCGCUGCACACUUCAUACCGAAACCGCUCAAAGUGGCCAUGUACAGGGAGCCCUCUCUCCAUGACCUGACUGAACUCUCACGGUCAGGCAGCGGCACGCCGACCAAGAGUCGCAGCGCUUCGGCCCUACUUAACGGCGGAGGGAAGACACCCAGCAACAAUGACUUAUCCUAGCCCCCCGCCCCACACACACACACACACACACACACACACACACAAACACACAAGCACACACACAUACAUGCACACACACGCAGAUCUCAGGCCGACAUGCCCAGACAUCAAGAUGACGAGGGGGUAGGAAGAGACGAUGCGAAAAUGAAGGAGGACAGGAAUGUGUUCUUCCACUUUACGGAGCCCACUGUGACUGACUGUGAUGUAAAUAAAUCAAGGACAAUCAAUCCUGGACCUGUGAAUCUCUUCCCUUGACUACUCUUCCUACUAUAUCAUACCCAGAUAGAACAAGGGAGGGAGAGAAAGAAAGGAGGGAUAGUGAGCGUCAGUCAGUCACACAGUCCUAUCAACAGACUGUUACAGACAACCAAAGAGUCCAAGUAUUAACUAGCUAAGUUAUUGCUAUGAAAAGGGGAGUGGCAAGAAAGUUACAGAGCGACAAAGGAGGAAAGAAAGUCUUUAUCUAUUCUACCGUAUGCUAUGUUUACACAGAGCUCAUGGGGUUAAGUCAUAUUUUUAAAAAUGACGAACGUAUUCCUUGUACACUUAUGAGGACUGAUCAUUUGUUUGCAUGCAGGUGCGCCUGUGUGUGCGUGUGUGUGUGAGUGGUCAAGUACAUGCUGUGCUUGCAGUAGGAGUGUUGUGUGUGUGGGCAAGUGAGAGUGAGUGUGUGCGCACGCAUGUGUCUGGGGAGGGGGGGGAUUUUAACUUUUUAAGAUCUGUUGUAUAUCAGACAAACCUCCUGAGGGCUUUAGCAGGUUAAAAUAAGGUUUACUGUAUAUGCUUCCAUGCUUACUUCUUACAAGCAAUGCUGUUGUUUAUCUUUCCGUUUGUUGUUGUUGUCCCUUGCUGUUUGUUUGUUUGUUUGUUGUUGCAUGGAAGCUUGUGGACCUCUGCUCAGUAGCAGCAUGCUGAAGGUCCUUUUUCUGGUCUGUAUGUGUUCCUGACCAAAAGAGAACACUAGUGAGCCAAUAGUGUCAUACCACAACACUAGUGAACCAAUGUGAGGGUGUUAGAACACUACUGGACCAAUAGUAUUGCACCAGAACAUGAGUGGACCAAUGGUGUUGGACCAGAACUUUGGUGAACCAAUGGGAGCACAGAUUAACUUAAUAUUUUGGUUCCUGCUGUGGACAAACUAGAAAUGCACUAAAUAAACUCUUUCUAAAGAAGUCAAA